CAGGUAAUUACCGCAACACGUUCACUAGUGCUUUGUGCCGAGUCCCGCCGCGAAAUGGAAGACUGGGUUACCUCGCUCAAAUCCGCCUCGAUACCGGCACGUGCGCGCGGCGAUAGUUUCUACAUAGAACAACACGAUUUGUUCUUCAACCACCACCACUGGUAUGCAACAUCUCACGCGCGACCCACCUACUGUAAUGUUUGCCGCGAUGCUCUGUCCGGCGUUACCUCGCAUGGCCUCUCGUGCGAAGUAUGCAAAUGUAAAGUACAUAAGCGGUGUGCCGCCAAAGCGAUUGCCAAUUGCAAGUGGACUACAUUGGCCACCGUUGGCAAGGAUAUCAUUGAGGAUCGUGAUGGCAGCAUCAUAAUGCCACAUCAAUGGAUGGAGGGUAAUUUGCCGGUGUCGUCGACUUGUGCCGUUUGCAAGAAAACGUGUGGCUCUGUGCUGCGUCUACAGGAUUGGCGUUGCUUGUGGUGUCGCGAUACGGUACACGUUGCUUGUCGUCCACAACAUCCUGUCGCAUGCCCACAAGGACCAGCCAAGCUGUCGGUGGUGCCACCCACUUGUGUGCACUCCAUUGGUAAUGAUGACUCUUGGGAUGUGGAAAGCCCGAAGGGAAACUUUUCGCCGCUUUUAGUGUUCGUCAAUUCAAAGUCGGGUGACAAUCAGGGCGUCAAAUUUUUGCGGCGCUUCAAACAGCUCUUAAAUCCAGCGCAAGUAUUCGACCUCAUAUCGACCGGCCCCAGUUUAGGAUUGCGUCUCUUCAGGCAUUUUGAAAUGUUUCGGAUAUUGGUUUGUUCCGGCGAUGGUUCUGUGGGUUGGGUGCUCAGCGAGAUUGAUCGGUUUAAUAUGCAUAAACAAUGCCAAGUAGCAGUUAUGCCCCUGGGUACCGGCAAUGAUCUGGCGCGCGUACUAGGUUGGGGCUCAUCCUGCGAUGAUGAUGCACAUCUGCCACAAAUACUCGAACGUUACGAAUCGGCUAGCACUAAAAUGCUUGACCGCUGGAGCAUAAUGGUCUUCGAGAAAGCUAUCGCUGUACAACCAAAGACCCCGAAGAUGUCAUUGUCGAGUGCACAAGAAGCGCUGCUCACUGGUAUGGUUACAGCGGCUAAUUUGAAUUUGCGCUCCAUUGUCGAGACGGAUGAUACUCAAACGCUCGUAACUGCCACGAAAACACUCUGCGAGACACUCGACGAACUAAUGGUGCAGAUCUGUGAGAGUCGCAGGGACGACGAACAAUUAACGAUUAAAUGUGACAUAUUGCGUGAGAAGUUGAGUAUGCUGCUGGAUGCUUUGCGCGAAGAAGAGACCGGUGUGCAUGCCGGUGAUGAUCUGCUAACGACAAUCAGUAAUAUAAUAGCAAAAAGUGCGCCCACCUCACCAACUGCCUCGCCUACGCCCUCGCCAUCUUCCUCACUGCUUAAUCCAAACAUAUCAAUCGAGAAAAACGAAAAGGAUCAAUUCAAUACAAAUGAGCGUCGGAAUAGCCGUUCGCUGCGCUCCACUGAGCGUGAAUCGCUGCAAUGUCGCGCCAAUAGUGUCAAGCGCGCCAUGUACAAUGUUGUCGAACACUCGGAACCAGGCCGACCCAAGCGCUACCAACGUAAACUAUCCAUUACGCCCUACGAGGCUUUGAAAAUACCAUCCAGCGCUUCGGGUGAGUCGACGCCUUGCUCUUCGCCGCUGCCUAUCAUACCGCCAAUCAACAUUAUCUCACCCACUAUGGAAAGCUCUCGCCUCACAUGCAUAUCCCCACUGCCCGAUACGCGUCGCGACUCAGUCGACGAAAAUUUCUUCAAUUCGAUUAGCUUACCUGUACCGCGUCAAUUUGCAGACAGUCGCCGCAGCUCAGGCGUACCCGAAGUUAUACAAGAGAUUGAGGAAAAUGGCCAGAACGGCCAUACGGAGAUAGUCUAUCGUGUCGGUAGGUUAUCGCUUAGUGGCGGUGCCAAUAUUGAUGACUACGGCAAUCGCUUGCCCAUGGUAGGAGACGGCGGUGAUGUUAGCUCGCCAACUGAACGCAAAAUUGACUUUCUCAGCGUACCAAUACUAACUGGCGAACAGAUUGUAGAUCCACUCUCGGAUUAUCGUCCUAUUGAGGUAUUUGAACGCAACUAUUAUAUGAGUCGUGAAUUGGAUAUGGAAAAGAAACGAAAGCAAAGUGCAAUUUCAGAGGACGAGCACAAACAUGAAUGCGACAAGGAGGAGCAAACAGUGCCGGAAAAGACUAAGGAGCUGCGUUUCGGUGAUGUGGCCUGUCAACUGCAAGUACCGAACGUAGCCAUAUCCCCUAAAGCCCCAAAUGUAUACUCAAGCGAAAGCAUAACAAUCAUUGACACAGAUGUACCCACUGAGCAGUCAUCAUCGGAAGAAUUGCCAGGUGGUGAGGCGAGUGAUGUGCUAUCGGCCAUUGGUGAUGAGGAAUGCAGUGUAGCCUCAGAGAUAUUCGACAGGCAACCUGAGGUGCAAGAGGCUGAUCAUCCAUUACAACUGGGCGACAUUAUACAGAAUCUCGAUGCGAACUCCUUCACACAUAUCGAUUCGCCCGAGACGAGCGACGAAACCGAAGCAGUGCCAGGCGAAUCGCUCAUGGAUGAUAUCAGUUCAGUGUUGGGCCACGACAUCACAUGCGCUUUGCAGGACAACACCAUUACCGACGACACAACGAUGCUCUGCUCAGACGCCCAUCCGGCACCGGUGAAGUCGAUACGCAAACAAUCGCUCAGUAUGGGCGGACAGCGCGGCAUACGACGAAAUUCAUCGCCACCACGUUUUGCGCAAUUGGCGCGCAUGGAUAGCGAUGAGAAUCCGCAGCAGUUCGGUUUUGAGAAUAUCGUUUUUGAAAUAGACAAUCGUUGCGAUGACCAAAAGAUACGUGAGCCGCCACGUUACUGCAGUCUGGCACAAUUUGUGGAGGGCAAUGAUAUAGCGCGUCAGAGCUUCAAGCGUCCUAAAAAGCGCACUUCCCUACGUAAACCCAAAUCCUCCAUACUUAUCUCACAACAACAACUAUCUGUUGAUGCCUCAACCACAACAACGACGACGACAACAACAACAACCGCCACCUACUCGAGUGGUCAACAGUCUGAGGAUGAUGAACUGACCACACAAACAGCAACGGCCAUAAAAAUUGAGAUUUGCGAUAUUGAGACAUUGGCUCAGGCGGAAAGUGAGACGACGUCCGCGACAUUUUUAGAUUCUAGUGAUUCCCCACAACCCCAGGCAACACCCACCAUGACCAACACUCUGAACACCACCCAACCAACAACAACAACAACAACAACAACACUUGGCUCAGCAUUACGCUCAUCACCGAAAAAAUCUGGACACGGAGAAGAUGUAAAGCGCAUUACUUUUGAUGAGUCGUGUAAGAAAGAAUCCUUUGAUGAUGUAAAUCCAAACUAUCCGCAGAUAAGUGUAGUUGUGCGGCCGCCAACACCGUUGCGGGGAGACGCAAUCAAGCCAGUGAAUGCAGCAUCGGCCGCCAGUCUUUUGUCAGCCCGCAUGCUGCCGAUGGAGUUGAGACGGCAUUCGAGUCAUGCGACGACCAGCUUGACAGUGCGCGAACAUGCGGAAAAGGAUCGUCGACAUUCCAAUUACAAUCCGAACUUGUUGAAUCUAGAUCCAGAGCAUACGAAAUUCUUAAGCUCCUCACCGGCCGCCAGUCGACGCAUCAGCUGUGGCAGUCUCUUCAAGAAGAAAAAUUCGACGAAAUGUCUUUCGAAGCGCGCUUAUGGAUUGUUGGGUUUACGUUUCUUUGUGGUUGCUGAGCCGGAUAUACGUUUAGCAACUUUGGCUCUCAUAAGACCACUUAUACCAUUGCCCAAUGAAGCGCUACCAAAUCUGCAGACAUUGAGAGGCUCCAAAUCUAGCCUUUUUAUGGGGUCAGCACUCUUUGGUUUCGAUCAUUUCGGUGCUGGCGGUGUCAGUGGCACAAGUGGUGACAAAGAUCGCGACGACAAGGGCAACAAGGAUAGAGAGAAGUGUGCAGGUGAAGAAGGCGUUCGGAAAAUGCCGAUUAUCAAUCCACUUGUACGACUUCCAAAUUGGCCAACACUUGCGAAUGGCACUGGCUUCAUAUCCAAGUGCCUACUAGCCAAUGCAGAUACACUUUGUGCUGCCGUAAGUCCACUUAUGGACCCCGAUGAAACCUUGCUGGCAGGGUAUCAUGAGAAAUGUGUGAUGAAUAACUACUUCGGCAUUGGCAUUGAUGCUAAAAUCUCACUGGAUUUCCAUAAUAAACGCGAGGAACAUCCAGAAAAGUGCCGUUCGCGGGCCAAGAACUACAUGUGGUAUGGCGUUCUGGGAUCCAAGCAAUUGUUGCAGAAGACCUGUAAGAAUUUGGAACAACGCGUGCAAUUGGAGUGUGAUGGUCAGCGCAUACCGUUGCCAUCCCUGCAGGGCAUUGUAAUCUUGAAUAUUCCGAGCUUCAUGGGUGGUACUAAUUUCUGGGGUUCCAGCAAAAAGGAUGACAUCUUCCUCACACCCAGCUUCGAUGAUCGCAUACUCGAAGUUGUCGCCGUAUUCGGCUCUGUGCAAAUGGCUGCAUCACGUCUCAUAAAUUUGCAACAUCAUCGCAUCGCACAGUGUCAGAGUGUGCAAAUAAAUAUUUUGGGCGAUGAAGAAAUACCCAUACAGGUUGAUGGUGAGGCAUGGCUCCAGCCGCCUGGCAUGAUACGCAUUCUACACAAAAAUCGCGUACAAAUGCUGUGUCGCAAUCGCAAUUUGGAGGUGUCGUUAAAAACGUGGCAAGAGAAGCAGCGUCAGCAUAGCAUAUCAAUACAACGCGAGCAGUCGUCAACUGCCUCGGAGCAUGCCACCUCCACGGAUGAGGUGCUGUCGGAGCGCGAAUGUUAUGUACUUUUGAAUUUCAUUGAAGCAGUUAGUUCGCUUGUGAAAUGGGUGAAAUUCCUGAUUAUUUCUCAUCCAUCUCUGCAACACGAUCUCUACGCUGUUGCUUGCCGUGCAUCCGAUGCUCUCGAGUCGAUACAUCCACAGGGUAAAUUGCUGGAAGGUCCCACUCUACGCACGAAACUUGUGGAGGUUAUCGAUUCCUCGCGUCAAUUGUAUGAUGAUGCCUGCAAUUUGUUGCGCGAUCGUGGGCAUAGUCUGAUAUUGCGUGAGGAUCUUGAGUUGAAAUUGAGUGCGGCCUUAGCGAAUAUGGAAAUGGAGUUGAAGAAGUGCUCAGUACAGAAAUGCAUCGAUGGAAAGUUGCGCGCUUACUUCAACGCUUUGGCGCCAAACGAAGAGGGUGAUGGCCGACGCAAAUCACGUCCCUUCUGGGUGCGUCUACGUUCCGGAUCUACAGUUGGCCAAACACAACUCAAACCGCAGCUGACAAAUACACGCGAAGCCGUUAACAAUUGGAGUGUUAACGAAGUGGUCACAUGGCUUGAGACGAUGCAGCUAUCCGAAUAUGUGGAUAGUUUCCUAAAGAACGAUAUACGCGGCAAAGAGCUACUUACGCUCGGACGUAGAGAUCUCAAAGAUUUGGGUGUUGUAAAAGUGGGACAUGUUAAGCGUAUAUUGCAAGCAAUCAAAGAUAUGAGCGAGAAUUAAAGAGAUGGACAGAGAGAGAGAGAGAGAGAGCAGGCAUGGGAGAUGAGUAAAGGUUGGCCAAGCAAUCAAAAAUAUAAGCGUAAAUUUAAAAUAAUACGAAAAUUAAAUAAAAUAUGUAGAAUGGAAAGCCUGAACAAAAUAGCCUAGAUGGGAUUACUGCAGUGCUGAACGAAUAACCCCUUGCAUGGAGCGAACUAACGUUCUUAACGAUUUUGAGGCAGCUUUGAACAUUCAAAAUAGUUGAAAAAUUAAUUUAAAAUGCUUAAGUAUAAGUGAUUAAAAUUAAGAGGAAAACGAUUGAAGUAUUAAAUUAAAACAAGCAAACUAUGCAUAAAACAAUCAUAUUUUUAUUAAAGAUAAGUUUAAAGAUUCUGUGAAGUACACUAAAGUGCGAAACAACAAAAAAUCAGAAUGUUAAGUAAAUUUUUCUGAUGUGCUUAAACGAGCUCCAUACGAUAUAUGCCUGCUAAGCACACACUUACACACAAAACCUACACACUAAGUUGACGAAAUGAGUUUUUUAGCCCUUCUUGCACUCAAAACCAACCAACAAACCAACAAAAAUCAUAGCUUAAGUGAUGAAUAAACGCAUAUUAUUUAAUGAAUUCUUAUUCAACAAAUUAAAUUAGUAUUACCGAGAUACUAUUCGUUGAAAAUAAGUCACUAAUUUAAAUCUUGUAAUUUCGAGAAAAAUAAUAAAUUGUAUUGUUUUUCACCUAAACUAUUACAAUUUCGAGAAAAAGAGAAUUAAAACCCCCUUAUAUUGACCAUAACGCAAGUAUUAUAUAAAAAAAAAAACGAAUUUAAAUGUAGUUAAAACGUGUAUUUUUUUUAG